AUGCCUGCCAGAGUGCCACACGAUGAGCCCCUGUGCAACGGGGGUGCUCUUGGGGACGGCCCACACAACAGACUGGGCCCCCAUCUUCCAGAGUUUGUAUACAAUGGAGAAGUUGCCAUCAGCGGUAUUUCCGGCCGCCUGCCGGAAUCAGACAGCAUUGCAGAGUUCCGUGAACAUCUGCUCAACAAGGAGGACAUGGUCACAGAGGAUGAUCGCAGAUGGACAGUUGGUUUGAACGGGUUGCCCCCAAGAAAUGGAAAAAUCAGAGAGUUAAAACAUUUUGAUGCUGGCUUCUUCGGUGUCCACCCCAAACAGGCAAACUGCAUGGACCCGCAGCUGCGUUUGUUGCUGGAGGUUGCCUAUGAGGCCAUUAUUGAUGCUGGUCAGAGUUUGGAGAGUGUGCGGGGCUCUAGAACCGGUGUCUACAUUGGUGUCAGCCAGUCGGAAGCUUCCGAUGCCUGGUCUUUAGAUGCCGAAACGCUGGUGGGUUACACCAUGCCCGGGUGCUGUCGUGCAAUGUUUGCCAACAGGAUUUCCUACUUCUUUGACUUCAAAGGUCCAAGUUACGCAGUGGAUACAGCCUGCUCGUCAAGUAUGAUGUGCCUUGACCAGGCCCUGAUGAACAUCCGCAUGGGUCUCAUUGAUUCUGCCUUGGUUGGGGGCACCAACUUGUGCCUCAAGCCAAAUACUUCCCUGCAGUUCACCAGGAUGGGCAUGACCUCUCCAGAUGGCAAGUGCAAGACAUUUGAUGCCAAAGGUGAUGGUUACUGCAGAAGUGAGGCAGUUAUGGCCAUCUUCCUUCAGAAAACUGCAGACUGCCGACGUAUCUAUGCUACAGUUGUCCACUCAAAGUCCAACUGUGAUGGCUACAAGGAACAAGGUAUUACAUUCCCAUCUGGAGAGCUGCAGAAGCAGCUGGUCAACGAGGUUUACCAUGAGAUCGGGAUCAAUCCUCUUGAUAUCGCCUACAUGGAAGCACACGGUACAGGAACCAAAGUAGGAGACCCACAAGAGACCAACAGCAUUGUGGAUGUGUUCUGUAAGGGAAGGAAUGGGCCUUUGCUUAUUGGCUCUACCAAGUCCAACAUGGGGCAUCCUGAACCUGCAUCUGGUCUUUCAUCCAUCGCCAAGAUUAUUGUUGCUAUGGAAGAGAGAGUGAUACCUCCCAAUCUUCACUAUGAGACUCCGAACCCAGAAAUACCUGGCCUGACUGACGGCAGUCUUCAAGUGGUCACAGAGUGCACUCCCUGGAACGGAGGUCUUGUCGCUAUGAACUCGUUUGGGUUUGGUGGUGCCAACGUUCAUACAAUCUUCAGGUCCCACGACAAAGAGUUCACAGAGCCUCACGUGGCAAGCGAGAAGCUGAGACUGUUCACCUGCAGUGCCCGUACAGAGGAGGGUGUCAAGAAGAUCCUGGCCGAGGCCAGGAAGAAUGCCAAGAGCGUGGAGUUCCAGGCUCUGAUCCAGGAGUCAGCAAACCUGCCCACCAACAUGGUCCCUUACAGAGGCUACACUGUUCUCAAUGCCCCCUCGGAGGUAGAGGAGGUGCAGAAAUGCAGUCCAGACUAUCGCCCUGUGUGGUUUGUCUUUGCUGGGAUGGGCACGCAAUGGCACGGCAUGGGUAGACAGUUAAUGGAGCUGCCAGUGUUCCGGGAUUCCAUUCUGCGAUCCACAGAAAUCCUCAGCAGAUACGACAUCAAUCUUUACGAUCUGAUAAUGACUGGGGACGAGUCUACUUUCGACCAGACCAUUCCAUCCUUUAUUGGUAUUGCUUCCAUCCAGGUUGCCCUUGUGGAUCUGCUGACUUCCAUGGACAUCAAGCCUGACGGUAUCGUCGGUCACUCAGUGGGAGAGCUGGGCUGUGCUUAUGCUGACGGGUCUCUGACAGCAGAAGAGACAGUACUGGCCGCCUACUGGAGAGGCAGAUGUAUCUCCGAGGCCAAGCUCCCUGCAGGAAAAAUGGCUGCUGUUGGAUUGUCUUGGGAGGAAUGCAAAAAGCUGUGCCCACCAGGUGUCGUCCCAGCCUGUCACAACUCUGUGGACACCGUCACCAUCUCUGGGCCCUACGAGCCCACCACCAAGUUUGUGGAAGAGCUCAAGGCUAAAGGCAUUUUUGCCAGGGAUGUCAAGUCGUCCAACGUAGCCUACCACUCCUACUACAUGAACGACAUUGCUCCACAGCUGAAGGCUGCUCUCGUCAAGGUAAUCACACCGAAGAAACGCUCCCCCAAGUGGAUCAGCACAUCAGUCCCGGAAGCCAGAUGGGGAGAGGAGCUAGCCCAGUACUCCUCAGCGGACUACCACGUCAACAAUCUGGUUAGCGCAGUGCUCUUCCAAGAAGGUCUUCAGAAGGUCCCCAGUAAUGCCAUCGCCAUCGAGAUUGCUCCUCACUGCCUGCUGCAGGCCAUCCUGAAGAGGUCGCUGGGUGCAGAUGCUGUCUUUGUUGGGCUGAUGAAGCGCUUCCAUGAAGACAACCUGGAGUUCUUUUUCUCCAGCUUGGGCAAGUGUUUUGCCAGUGGAGUAAACAUGAGCCCCAUGAAAGCUUACCCGCCAGUUCAGUUCCCAGUCCCACGAGGUACCCCGCUGGUCGGUCCAACAAUCUUAAACAUUUGGGAUCACUCCACCCAGUGGGAUGUGCCCAGGGAGGAGGAUUUUGUAGCCAGCAAGGGACAAGCUUCUUCUGAUGCAGUCUUUGAGAUUGAUGUCUCCGAGGAGUCACCUGACCAUUAUCUGGUCGGACAUGCUAUCGAUGGCCGUGUGCUUUACCCAGCUACAGGCUACCUGGUUCUAGCUUGGCGAGCUCUAGCCCGGUUAAAGGGUGUGCUGUACGAACAGAUGCCGGUUGUUUUCCAGAAUGUCAACAUUCACCGAGCAACAGUGCUGCCCCCAACAGGAACAGUCACUCUCAGCGUGAGCAUCAUGCCAGCUACUGGGGAGUUUGAAAUCUGCGAGCACGAUGCCCUGAUUGUCAGCGGCUUUGUUUCAAUGCCCGAAGGCACCUUCCUGGACAGAGACCAGUAUGCAGUUGUACGAGACUUGGCCAACAAGAAGGAGUCCACAGAGUUUGACCUCACCAGAGAGGACCUUUACAAGGAGUUGCGGCUUCGAGGCUACGAGUAUGGGCCAGAUUUUCAAGGUGUAGUUAGAGCAAGCCAAUCAGGUGAGACUGGUGACAUACUUUGGAACGGCAGGUGGAUCUCCUUCAUGGACACCUUGUUGCAUUUGAUGCUGUCAGGCAGUCGCUCCCUCCGUCUGCCCACGAGAAUCAAGUCCGUCAAAGUGGAUCCUAGGUUGCACCCACCCACACCAGCUGAAGGAGAGGACCCAGUCAUAAUUCCUGCCUUCUCGGACCGUGUGUUGGACAUACUCUUCUGUGGUGGUGUUGAAAUUAAAGGAGUGCAUGCUUCAGUGGCCCCCAAAAGGGCUUUGCAAGCUGCACCCACUCUGGAGGAGUACCGUUUCAUCCCAUUUGUGCAGACUUCAGAUGCUGUACCCUCUGCCUCCCUGGAGCAGUACGCUACGGAUUGUGUGAACUUCACCCUGACCAAUUUGGAGAGACUGCUGAAGGAAGACAAAACUGACUUGCUGCCAAAUAAAGACUUACUGCAGGAGGUAGUGACAAACAACAGACCUGCUGCAAGCUCACAGCUUCAGGAGAGGUUGUCCCAGCCUAAUUCUGGCCUGGCCCAGGCUUUGGUGAAAGUCUUUAGUCUCCCAGUGUCCGGCCCUUUCAAGGAGAAUGUCCUUAACCUGGUGCAGCAGCUGCAGCCUGAGCUGGCUUCAGAUCAGCUGUUAUCCAGUUUAAGCACACCAGAAGUUCUCAAGCCUUGUGUGGGGAUUGUGCUUGACAAUGUUCUCACCAACAAGAUCAGUGUGUUCGAAGCUGGAGCUAAUCAAAGUGCCCUCUACCGUAAAAUCAUUCCCAUGAUCCAAGAAGAACCAUUGAAGAGUGUUAGCUACGUCGCAGCUGACAAAUCUGCAUUGAACAAAGAUGCUAAGACAUUAGGAGUUAAGCCCUCACAGUGGGACCUCAGUACAUCGACAUCUCUUCCUCCAGGGCAGGUACAUCUCUUGGUGCUGAAGAAUGUUCUUCAUAAACAGGCCAACAUUGAAUCCAGUUUUCAGACAGUGUCCGGCAUGGUGUCCCCAGAGGGUUUUAUCCUGGUCGAGGAGGUCACCAAAAACUUUCCACUGUACCUAGCAUUAGAAGCUCUCGCGGAGAAGCUGGCAGGUGAUGACAGCUCUGCAGAUUCCUCUGUAUGCAGGGUCUGCGGCUGCUAUCUCACUGAAGGGUCAUGGGUGGAGAUAUUCUCUCGAAAUGGCUACGAAGUGGUUUACCGAAGGUCAGACAACCUCUUAUCUACGAUUUUCUUGCUGAGAAAGAAGGCAGAAAUAAAAACUCCACCCAUCCUCUUCCCCAUUGAUGACCUGGAGUGCAAUUGGUUGGACGAUCUGAAGGCUCAGAUGAAAGAGCUGGAUAAGGCACCGGAAGAUGCCAGACUUUGGUUGGUUGCUCAACAGGCGACAAAUGGUAUUGUUGGUUUCUUUAACUGCUUGAGAUUGGAAGCUGGCGGUGAUAAGGUACGCAGCAUCUUUAUCAGCAACUUAUCGUCCUCCACACAGCCAAAGAUUGAAGCAUCCAGUGCCGAGUUCCAGAGCCUGUCACAGAAAGACGUAACACUGAAUGUUUACAGAGAUGGACAGUGGGGCUGUUUCAAGCACAUACCUCUGCCUGAAGAAGCAACAGUGAAAGAAAAGAGCACAGACUAUGCCUACAUCAAUGUAUUAACACGCGGAGAUCUGUCCAGCUUGAAGUGGAUCGAAUCUCCCCUCAGGUAUUUCCACAAAAACGGACACAACACAGAACUGUGCAGCGUCUACUACACAUCGCUGAACUUCCGUGAUGUCAUGCUGGCCACUGGCAAGUUGCCACCGGAUGCCAUCCCUGGCAACAUGGCCACCCAGGACUGUGUGUUGGGAAUGGAGUUUUCUGGCAGAGACUGCGCUGGCAAGAGAGUCAUGGGCAUAUUGUCCGCCAAGGGUUUGGCAACUGCAGUGGACACUGAGAGUCGGUUCCUUUGGCAGGUACCAGACAGUUGGUCGCUGGAAGAGGCAGCAACUGUCCCAGUCGUUUACUGCACAGCUUUUUAUGCUCUGGUUACUAGAGGAAGGAUCCAGAAGGGGGAGAGAGUCCUCAUUCACUCAGGCAGUGGUGGAGUGGGACAGGCAGCCAUUUCUGUGGCCCUCAGCUACGGUUGUGAAGUGUUCACCACAGUCGGGUCAAAAGAAAAGAAAGAAUACCUGAAGAGCAUAUUCCCACAGCUGCAGGACAGGAACUUCAGCAACUCUAGGGACCUGUCAUUUGAAUUUGAUAUUCUCAAGGAAACCAACGGUGAAGGUGUGGAUAUUGUCCUGAACUCACUAGCAGAUGACAAGCUUCAAGCCAGCGUUCGUCUUUUGGCCAGACAUGGGAGAUUCUUAGAAAUCGGCAAAUUUGAUUUGUCAAACAAUUCUCCAUUAGGUAUGUCUGUUUUCCUGAAAAACGUCAGCUUCAUGGGCAUUCUGCUGGAUGCUCUGUUUGAACACAACACACGGGAAUGGGAAGAGGUAUCCAGCCUCGUCAGCCAGGGCAUGACCACCGGAGUGGUGAAGCCCCUGAAGGCCACAGUGUUCAGCAAGGAUGAGGUGGAGGAUGCCUUCAGGUUCAUGGCCCAGGGCAAGCACAUCGGGAAAGUGUUGAUCCAGGUGAGAAGUGAAGAACCUGAAAAGGUGAUUGAAGCCCCUAGAGUGUCCAUUCCAGCAGUUUGCAGAACCCUGUGUGAUCCAUCUAAGUCGUACGUCAUCACUGGAGGUCUGGGAGGAUUUGGUCUAGAGUUAGCUCAGUGGCUCGUGGAGAGGGGAGCCAAAAAAUUGGUCUUGUCGUCCAGGUACGUCUGCAGGGUUGGUUGCAUGAUGUGGGAGUCAUGUUUAGAAUCUGUGGAUAGUAUGAGAGCUGAAGAACUUUGUUGUAAAG